AUGGAUAGCUCUAGCCAAAGCAUCGUUCAACACACGACCAUGUGGUGUUUGCCUUGCCUGCGCUUGGCUGUCCAAGGCUUCAAGCCCGAGAAUGGUGAAAUGUUUGAGAUCAUAUGCAUGACUGACACGGCCCGCACCGAUGGAAGAUGCGUUGCCUGCGUCCCCAAUCGUGGACGCAUCUGCGAAUCGACCCCCGACGCCAUGGAUGGAAAUGCGUGUGACUUCAUCCGCUUCCUGAACGAACUUUCUCCAAUUUGGGAGAACGAGGCGCCACUGCAUGUGCGUGUUGCGGCAGCAAAGCUCCAGAAGGAUCUGUGCCGGGCUUUUAUUCACGUGGAAAGCCUGCACCGAAACGCGAACGGGAUUUCGGGCCGCCGAUUGUUCAAGAACCGGACAGGAGCCAGAGCUUAUGAGCAACUUGUGGGUCAACGCCAGUAUGACCUUGGCACGGCCCCAGCAGAGCCCACUUAUCCGCUGGAUAUGCAGGCCAUGUAUUUCAGCUUUGGGAUGCUACGUCUGUACGAGGGCGACGCAGGAUAUGAUUUGUGGGAAGCUGCCAUCGCGGACUUCAAGAAGGGCCAGAGGGAGAUUCUCGGGCAGUGA